CGAUUUGACCCCGUAGUUUGGUUAACAGGAUGUUAGAAGGCACAGUAAAUUACGAAAGGCAGAAGAAUAGUAUGCUCUGUGACAAAAAUAGACUAGAUGUUCCAUCAACGGCCAUUAUUGUUAAAACAAAAGGAAAGAGAAGAAACUUGAAAAGAAGGGCAAAAAUGGCUAAGAAUUUAAGCUCCAAGUAUAUGUUGUGCUUGGUGACUUCCAUAAUUCUAAAUAUUUUACUAAUUAUUUAUCUCUAUGUGGGUGGUGGUAAUUGGCAUCUGACAUGGACCAAAGGAGCUGGAAAUGAAGCAGAGGCUGUGGCAGCUGUGUACUGCUCAGGUCAUGGAAGAGCCUACUUGGAUGGCUUUGUUCUUGAUGGAAAUCUCCCUGUUUGUGAGUGCAACUCAUGCUAUGGAGGCCCUGAUUGCUCUCACUUCAACACUAGUUAUAUUGCAGAUGCUGAUGGUGGGGAUCCAUAUUUUUUGGAGCCCUUUUGGCUGCAGAAUGCAGCCAGUAGUGCACUUGUAGUCGCCGGAUGGCACCGGAUGGGAUACACAUACCAUGAUCAAUCCUUCAUCUCAGCCGAGCUCGAGAGGCACAUUCGUAAACUACAUGCCAUUGUUGGAAAUGCAGUCACUGAUGGAAGACACAUUCUUUUUGGUGCUGGAUCCGCCCAACUCCUUGUCGCUGCAGUCUACGCCUUGUCCCCUCUUAAUUCCUCUUCACCUACAAGGGUUGUAGUCUCAAUCCCUUACUUCGAGCUUUACAAGCAACAAACAGAAGUUUUCAACUCCGUCGAAUUCAAGUUUGAAGGAGAUACAUCAUUAUGGAUGAACAAUUCAGAUUCUAAUGUGAAUUUCAUUGAGUUUGUAACUUCACCCAAUAAUCCUGAUGGACAAUUGAAUAAGGCACUCCUUCAUAGCUCAUACGCCAAGGCAAUCCAUGAUCGCGCUUACUAUUGGCCUCAUUUUACAGGAAUUCCAGCUCCAGCAGAUGAUGAUCUCAUGAUAUUUACCAUUUCCAAGCUCACCGGUCAUGCCAGCUCUAGAUUUGGAUUGCUAGACACCCUAAACUCUUUCAAUGUAGAAAGUUUUGACAAAGGUUUGCUAUUUGCGCUGAAACAGAUGAGCAGUCGUUGGGAAAGACUAAGCAAGGCAGUAUCAAUGUCAAAACGUUUCUCUCUUCAAGAAAUCCCACCUGAAAACUGCACCUACUUCCACAAAAUCAGAGAAGCUUCACCAGGUAAUUCUGCGGCAUAUGCUAGUUUUUCUGUUGGAACGGACAGAGAUAAUGUUUGUCUGUAUGUAUGUAUGUAUGUAUGGACAUUUACUUGUAACAUAAGUAAGGGAGAUUAAUGCUCAUUUAUU